GAGAGAGAAGACCACCACACCUUGACUCCCCCCCCUCCUGCUCAUUUCCUCCAUCUCCCUCAUCGCUGCACAUCGCGCUCUUGCUACUAUUGCUAUCGCUGCAACUUACUCUUCAGCCUUUCGCGAUCCUCACGACUUGCUUCAUGUCACCGCGCCUCGUACUCCGCGCGUGUUAGACUUCGCCCCGACCGCUACAUCCCCAACGCGACCCGAUUCCCCAUAACAACGCGUUUUCGUGUUUACGAGAGCUUCCGCAACCACCCCUCCAACACCGGCGCGCGUCGCUGCCUAUAUACCUCACGAGCAGUAGCUCUUGCUUCUUGCCUCUUGCAUCAACACCCUCGCGUCACGAACCGUUGUCGCCGCCAUGUUCUAUUCGGAGACGCUUCUCCAGAAGAGCGGGCCGUUGGCCCGCGUUUGGCUGUCGGCCAACAUUGAGCGCAAGCUUUCAAAGACGCACAUUUUGCAGUCCAACCUGCCGGACAGUGUAGAGGCUAUCAUUACGCCUGGCCAGGCCCCGAUGGCUCUUCGUUUAAGUGGCCAGUUGCUGCUAGGUGUUGUCAGAAUCUACAAUCGCAAAGCCCGUUAUCUGCUCGAGGAUUGCAAUGAAGCUUCAAUGAAGAUCAAGAUGGCCUUCCGCUCGAGUGACAAUCACGAUAUGGCAGUCGCCAAUCUCUACGUCAACAACCGCGAAGCGCUGCUGCUGCCUGACAAGAUUACUCCACUAGACAACCUGGAUCUCCCGCCGCCUCCUGAUGCCGCUUGGCUUUUGUCGCAAAUGGACGAUGUCACAGCUACGCCAGUCGGUCGCAAGGGGCGUGUUAGCAACCGCGACAUUAACCUUCAGGAGGAUUUCAACAACAGCCAAUUCCUCAACCAGGCGGACACCCUCGAUGACGAACUGGAGCUUGCACCAAUGGAAGAUCUCGAUCUUGAACUCGACUUUGGCAUGGAUAUUGAUGAGCGACCCACCCGCAUGGAUACGACUAUCGAAAUGGGAAGAGACGCGCCUCUGGCUCGCUCAGUCGAGGACGACAUGUUCAGCGAGCUCGACAUUAUGCCGCGAGGCAAGGACCAGCCCGAACGUGAGCCUUCACUGGGACUGAACCUUGACUUUGGCGACGACACCGUCCGCAUCGCUGACGAGGAGGGUGACAUUCAAAUGGGCGAUGACGACUUCCAAUUCCCUCUCGGCGAUCAAUCUGUCGUUCCCGGUCUUGCUGGCGGUCCUCUGGAUAUGCCGCGUGGUCGUAUCUCCGAAUCACCACUGUCAGAAAUCGACCCGGAGUUCGCGAGAGAGGUUGAGGAGGAAUACUCCCGUAUCCAGCACACAGAUCUCUAUGAGCCAGAUGAGGAGGAGGAGCACACAGUCAUUCGUCAUCCUCAACGAGCCAAGAAGAGGAAGGUUCUGUUGCCUGACGAGCAGACGAUGCUUUCAAGCACUCACAUCAAAGACCAACAAGCCAACCACGCCAACAUCCUCAGAGCUCAAUCGUUCUUGCCUAGAGAUCCUUUCGUUCUGGCUCUAAUGGAGAUGCAAAAGAGUGGCGGCUUCGUCUCGAACAUCAUGCUAGACGGUCGCAGUGCCGGUUGGGCACCUGAGCUGAGAGGAAUGCUCUCGCUCGAGGCUGUCAGCCGAUCAAACGAGCUGAAGAGGAAGCGGGACAGCGGAAUCGCUGAUGUGGAGAGUGACAACGGCGCCACAUCUAAGUCGCCUCGCCUGAAUGUCGAAGAGGACGACGCGUUUGCUGUCGAGGAUGCCGGGUUGGGCAACCAAAGCAUCGCAGCAGAUGGUACUAUCCUUGAAAUUCCUGCUGAUGAGGAGGGUAUUGCCUUCGGAGGAGACGACGACAACACCGGUCGACCUGUUUCGCGCGAAGGAAGCGCCAUGCCCGACUUUGACGAGACAACAGCUCCUGUCGUUCACCCUCAGGACAGUGGUCCGGUUUCCAUGGGUACCAAGCAUGCUGUCCACGUACUAAGAGACAUUUUUGGCCCCGACGCCGAGCACGACGCCGACAAGCGCAAGAAGACUGCCGUGGUCUUCCAGGACCUACUUCCCGAGGGGAGAACGACGAAGGCCGACGCCACCAAGAUGUUUUUCGAAUGUCUCGUUUUGGCCACGAAGGACGCGAUCAAGGUUGAGCAGGGCGAGACUCUCGGCGCACCUAUCAAAGUCCGCGCCAAGCGUGGUCUCUGGGGAGCCUGGGCUGAACGCGAAGCAGGCGGCGAGAUUGCCGAGGAAGAGGAGCUCAACCAGCCCGAGCCCGCAGCAGUCAGCGCCCCGGCUGUUGCGGUGGAGGCAUAGACGAUCGCUGCUUGCUUUGGCGAAGACCACUCGAUUAAUGCAUAGCUUUUGGAGGCUUGGCAUGUAAAGUAACCGUUCUUUCUCUCUGUUGGACUACGUUUUGGGGUCGGUCCUGGAAAUGGCACUCUGCCAAGUGGCGUUUGGAGUAAAUUGGGAGGCUGGAGAGAUACCAGAUGCUGUUGCGGCCUGGGAGGGCGGGAAAAGCAUGAUUUGGGAACCCGAGCCGCAUCUUCGUCGUUUGGAGUGGCUUUUCUACUGGCUUUUUUUUCCUGCUGGACUGCUAGUAUAGCUUGUUUUUGAUUGAGGCCAUGACGG